GUGGAGGGUAAAAAGGUAUGGCUAAUUUUUUGUCAAUUACCCGGGAGCCCUUGGAUGUUGCAGCCAUUACAAAUUCGAUAUUUCGUGAAGAUUGUGGUGCUGUUUCCAUAUUCGUAGGGACGGCUAGAAAUUCGUUUGACGGAAAAAUGGUACAUUCGCUUGAAUAUGAAGCAUACGAGAUAAUGGCUCUAAAAGAACUUGAAAAAAUUUGCGAUGCAGUGCGCUCCCAUUGGAAAGAUGUAGUGAACAUCGCAAUACAUCACCGUCUCGGUUUAGUUGCACCAAAGGAAGCAAGCGUAGUUAUUGCUAUAUCGUCUCCCCAUCGAGAAGACGCAUUAAAGGCAGUUUCAUAUUCUAUUGAACAUUUGAAGAAAUCUGUACCUAUUUGGAAAAAAAAAUUGUAUAGCGAUGGAGAUUCAAAUUGGAAACAAAAUAAAGAAUGCCAGUGGGUUAAGUAACUACGUAUUUUAUAAAAUAUACUAUCAACAGGGCACGAUUCCAAAUAUAAUGCUGCUAAGAGUUAUAUUAUUCAAAUUAUUCGCGAUUAAAAACUCAAACAAUUUUAUUCAAAACACAUGGUAUUUCUCAAUGU